AUGUCCAAAGACAAGAGCGACACGAUCAUGGAGGCGGACAACAAGGUGCUUUGGUACCCGGACUCCAAGAGGGACACGCGGAUGGACCAAUUUAGGCGACAGGUGAACCGGGACCAUGGACUCAAACUGGUAAACUAUGGGGACUUGUACCAGUGGUCAGUGGAUUGCUAUGCCGAAUUCUGGUCACGGGUGUGGAGCUUCUGCGACGUGGUCAGCUCCAAACCAUACCACAAGGUGGUGGACUUGUCCAAGCGCAUUUCGGAUGUUCCCGAGUGGUUUUCAGGAGCUCGCCUAAACUACGCUGAGAACUUGCUCAAACACCCUGAGCAGGACAAAGUUGCUCUUUAUGCCGCAACCGAGAAUAAUGAGGACAUCGUAAAAGUGACCUUUCGGGAACUGAGGUGCGAUGUGGCGUUGUUCGCAGCAGCCAUGAGGAAGAUGGGUGUCCAGACUGGGGACAGAGUUGUGGGCUACCUGCCCAAUGGCAUCCAUGCAGUGGAAGCCAUGUUAGCAGCAGCAAGCAUUGGAGCCAUUUGGAGUUCCACAUCUGUCGAUUUUGGGGUCAACGGUGUUCUGGACCGGUUCUCGCAAAUCCAGCCUAAAUUGCUGCUGUCCGUUGCUGCUGUGGUAUACAACGGGAAAACGCACGACCACAUGGAGAAACUCACCUGUGUCGUCAAAGGUCUUCCUGAUCUGCAAAAGGUAGUGGUUAUUCCUUACGCUCGAGACAAACAACACGUUGACCUCUCCAAGAUCCCCAACAGUUUGUUCAUCGACGAUUUCCUGGCAUUUGGUCGCGGUGACAGUGAUCAGCUACCCCAGCUAGAGUUUGAGCAGCUGCCAUUUAGCCAUCCGCUUUUCAUCAUGUACUCCUCGGGAACCACAGGAGCACCCAAGUGUAUGGUCCACUCGGCAGGGGGCACCCUCAUCCAGCACCUUAAAGAACACAUUCUCCACGGCAACAUGAGCAGCAGUGAUGUCAUCAUUUAUUACACUACCACGGGCUGGAUGAUGUGGAACUGGCUGGUGACAUCUCUGGCUGUAGGGGCUUCGGUGGUCCUGUACGAUGGCUCACCACUCAUGCCGUCACCGGACGUCCUCUGGAACCUCACCGAAACUCUGGGCAUCAGCAUCUUUGGCACUGGAGCAAAGUGGCUGUCCGUGCUGCAGGAGAGGAACCUUAAACCUGCUGAAACCCACAACCUUCAGUCUCUGCACACGAUCCUGUCCACUGGCUCUCCUCUCAAGCCUCAAAGCUACGACUACGUCUAUCGCUGCAUCAAGAGCGAUGUGCUGCUGGGCUCCAUCUCCGGCGGCACAGACAUUGUGUCAUGUUUCAUGGGCCAGAACCCAACAGUUCCGGUGUAUCGGGGUGAAAUCCAGACAAGAAAUCUGGGCAUGGCUGUGGAAGCGUGGAACUUUGAAGGUAAGCCUGUUUGGGGAGAAAGUGGUGAGCUGGUGUGUUUGAAACCCAUCCCAUGCCAGCCCACGCAUUUCUGGAACGAUGACAAUAGCAGCAAGUACCACAAAGCCUACUUUUCCACAUUCCCAGGCGUCUGGGCCCACGGCGAUUACUGCAAAAUCAAUCCCAAGACUGGCGGCAUCGUCAUGCUUGGCAGGAGUGAUGGAACGUUGAACCCAAAUGGUGUCCGAUUUGGCAGUUCUGAGAUCUACAACAUUGUGGAGGCCUUCGAGGAGGUUUCGGAUAGCCUGUGCGUGCCGCAGUACAAUUCCGACGGCGAGGAGAGGGUGAUCCUUUUCCUUAAGAUGGUGCCCGGGAAAGCGUUCAGCACCGAGCUGGUGGCCCGAGUGAAGGCAGCAAUUCGGAAAGCGCUGUCCGCCCGCCAUGUGCCCGCCCUCCUUUUGGAGACCGCAGACAUUCCUUACACCCUGAGCGGGAAAAAGGUGGAAGUGGCGGUGAAGCAGGUCCUGGCAGGCCGCGAGGUGUCUCAGCGGGGGGCUUUCUCCAACCCCGAUUCUCUGGAUCUCUACAAGAACAUUCCAGAACUGCAGAAUUUCUGA